AUUGCAUUUCCCAUCAUGCCACCCCGAUACACUGGUUGAAAGCUUAGCGGCUGUUGAAACAUUCACGAAAAAGCCUUGCUUAAAUACAUCUCAUCCAUCAGAUGGAGCAGCAACCUACAGCCCAGCUAUUCAGACGAUGCCUCAGUGUCACCGUAAUGCUUCGACACUCAAGUCAAUAGCGUUGCAGUCGGUGACUAAGCAACUGCUUCUUUUCUUAGAUCUCGCACACCGAGCGUCGUGGACCCCUAACAUCCCGAUAUCCCUGACCCCUGCGCCGAGUCGACCUUGCGGUAGAUCGUGCGACGAAACAGCCCCUCAUGCAAAACGUCCAUCACUGACCUUGACAGGCCCCGUCCAGCACCUGCACCAGAAUGACACAAACCUGGAGGGUUGCUUGACGUCGCACGCAUGAUAGACCUCGACACCCCUUAAGCGCCCAAUCCAAGCGCGAAUAAGCGUCCGGUCCCCCGGGGGCACAUUGGCGCGUCUCAAGACCGUUCAACGUCCGCCCGCUCGGUCCUCGAUGCACACCGCGCCCCCCGUGGGGGAACCCGGUCCAAAGUCAAAGGUUCUGCGACACAAGAGCAGACCGCAUGACAUCAAAUACCACACCAGAUAACCCCUUCUCCGACCACAUGCGAGCAGGAGCUGGAACCAGGGGCCCUCCCAACUUGUUUGGUGUUUCUUGGCUCCAUAUUUGUCGGAUCGGCCGGCGGGAUAUAUCAAACGUCGACGUCGCCUCUUGAGCUCUUCCAAGCUUGUUUCCAGAAACAGACGACGCAGCUAUUGCUAGAAUCUUCACCAAGCUCAACCUUUCGCCUACUGAUCGCCCAAAAUGUCCAAUGAGUUGGCUAGCCAGGCGGGCUGGGAAGCCAACCCGCUAUCCUUCCUGUACCGCCAGGCCGUCAUCACACCAGCCGAGAUCCCGGAAGAAUUCGACUUGUCUGAUUGCACUCUCAUUAUGACGGGUGCUAGUAGUGGCCUCGGGCUCGAAGCCAGCCGUCAGUUCCUCGAGCGCUCACUCGGUCGCCUCAUUAUGGGCGUCCGCAACACAUCAAAGGGGGAGGCCCUCGCCGAAGGCCUACGACGGGAGUUCCCGAUGGCGCAGAUCCAAGUAUGGCACCUGGAAAUGGAGUCAUACGAGAGCGUCAGGAACUUUGUUGCGCGGUGCAAGAAGGAGCUGACGCGGAUCGACAUCGUCAUUCUCAACGCCGCGGUGGUCGCCCAAAACUUUAUAGUAUCGCGAGAAGGCCACGAGUUGAUGCUUCAGGUCAACUUCCUAUCAACUACAUUACUAGCUCUGCUUCUGCUUCCAGUUAUGAAACAGAAGAAACCGGCAGGAGACCAGGCGAGGCUCGUCAUCGUCAGCUCAGAUUUUACGUACUGGCAUACGCCAGAAGAGGACAUGGUGACGGGUUCCAUGUUCAAGCCGGCCGACAAAGAAACCCUAUGGGAGUCUGGGAAGAAUUAUCAGCAGUCGAAAUUCCUGGGCCAGCUUUUCGUGUCAAAGCUUGCGACCUACGUCAACCCGAACCAGAUCAUUGUCAAUCUCGCCAAUUCGGGCCUCACCAGCGGUACCAACAUCGUCAAGCCAGCAAGCGAGUCAUGGUUCAUGGGCCUGAUGAAGAAAACUAUCGGCCGCAGCGUGGAAGUUGGCGCUAGAAGCUAUCUUGAUGCGGCAAUAGUAAAGGGCAGAGAGAGUCACGGAAGCUUCACCUCGGACGGACUCAUCAAGCCAUGGCCAGCUGUGAUGUACACAUCUGAGGGCAAUGGCCUCAAGGAGAGGAUAUGGGCAGAGACGAAGAAGGAGCCUGGGUUCGCAGAGGCUUUUGCAGAGGUUGAAAAGGGCCUCUGAGCAUUGAGAGUGCGCAAAACGUCGCACCUUCAGCUGGGAAAGAGAUGUGUACUAUGAAUCACUAAGGAGGUUUUUUAAUAUUUGGUGAAAUUCCCCAAUAGCCUAUAAAGUUGAGGCUGGCGUGUGCACGUACGGCGUUGUCAAGCGGAUAUAGCUCAAGAAGCAAACUAGGAUAUAUGAGAUGAGCAUUCAACCUACUUGGUCAACAAACGGCGACUGCUUUACGCCUAUGUGCAUACAACUUUAGGCGGAAAUACAAGCUAAGCUACCUUGGCUUGCCAAGAUACGC